AUGUACUGGAUGAGUGGAGAUUGGAUUCCACUUGAUCUGCCAGGCAGAAUCAGGGCGCUGAAUCCUGCUAGUGAAGUUAUUAGUUUGGGUGGAGCGACAGAAGGUUCUAUCUGGUCUGUUUAUUUCCCGAUAGGUGAGGUUGAUACCUUCCUGGAAAGUAUUCCUUAUGGUUAUCCGCUCGGAAAUCAGGAAAUGUAUGUGCUGGAUGCUAAUCUUUCUCCUUGCCCGGUCAAUGUGCCCGGAGAUAUUUAUAUCGGAGGAAUUGGGGUAGCUCAAGGGUAUCACAAUGAUCCGCAGAAAACUGCGGCUGGUUUUAUGCGGCAUCCGGGGCUGGGGAAACAGCUUUACCGGACUGGUGAUAUGGGCUGUCAGCAUCCUGAUGGUUUUAUGAUGUUCCUUGGCAGACAAGAUGGGCAGGUAAAGAUUAAUGGAUUCAGAGUAGAGCUGGGAGAAAUAGAAACUGUUUUAAAAUUGUCUCCACUGGUUAAGCAAGGUAUUGUGCUGACUGUAGAAGAUGAUUGCCGUAAUAAGCGGUUGGUAGCUUAUGUAGUGGUUCAUGAGGUCUUCGCUAAAGAAGAAUUGCAAAAGCAUCUGAGCGCUCAUUUACCAGCUUACAUGGUGCCUUCGGUUUUUGUGGAAAUAGACCGGAUCCCUUUGUCUUCUAAUGGAAAAGUAGAUAGAAAAGCUUUACCCGAUCCAGCUAUGAAUGUUGUUGCCCAAAUAGAUUUUAUAGCACCAGGUGAUGCAAUGGAAGUUGAACUGGCUGCGAUCUGGUCAAAGUUAUUGAAAACAGAGCGGGUUGGUAUUCAUGAUAAUUUCUUUGAUGCAGGAGGAAACUCCUUAACCAUGAUCCAGCUGACACAUAAAAUUAAUACGGCAUUCGGAAAAGAUAUCCAGUUAAUCCAUCUGAUGAAAAGCCCGACGAUUGCGGAAAUCAAGGUUCUGAUCAAUGCGUAUGAAGAUGCGCAGGAUGCUGCUGUUUUAACUUUAAGAGAAGGAUUAGCAGAAGAAGCAGCCUUCAUUAUUCCAGGGGCACUGGGUUCAACAGAAGGAUAUUUUGGCCUCGCUGGUCAUUUGCCUGGAGAAGGUGCUGUAUAUGGUUUGCAGAUGAAAGGAAUUGCCGGAAAUGAAAUACCGAAUACAAGUAUCGAAGCCAUGGCUGCGUAUAACCUGGAACAGAUCAAACAGACUGGUGUAAUAGGUGGAAUUACCUUAUUAGCGCAUAGUUAUGGUGGUAUUGUAAUUUAUGAAAUGAUCAAACAGGCGGAGGGUACUGGAGUAGAGAUCGAGAAAGUUAUUUUACUGGAUUGUUUUGCAGAUCCGCUUUCCUCUUUCUAUACCGUACAGGAGGCCGAUAAACUGGGUACUUAUUUCAGGUCGUUGAUUAAGUUCAGCCAGCCAUGGCUGGACGAAAAGGCAGUAAACAAUUUAGUUGGUCAGUUGCCUGCGGAGAACUACAUGACCUUUAUUUGUGAAAUUGUCCAUACGCUUCCUGCAAAAACUAUAGGGAAAAUGUGGGAGGUCUUCCGUGCAGCAAUCUCAGCUGUCUACAGCAUGGAUGAGCAAUUAAACCAGACGGUCAAUUUCAUACAAGCGGAUAAUUCAAAAUUAGAAGGAGAAGACUGGGGGGAUGCGGGUGCUGCAGCUGGCUGGGAUAAUUAUUUCAGUGAUGUACAGCUUAUUUACUCGCAGGCCAAUCACUUUACCAUGGUGAAUGCCCCUUAUUGUACAGAAUGGUUAACAAAAAUGAACAUGGAACAGAAUAUAAAACAAACUUUAUAGCAGAUAUGAAAGUAGUUAUGUUUCCCGGACAGGGAUCGCAAUACAAAGGAAUGGGAAAGGCCUUUUUUGAUACAUUUAAACAGGAAACUAUACGCGCAUCUGACAUAUUGGGAUACGAUCUGGAAGAAUUAUGUAUUAAAGAUCCUGAGCGUCAGCUGGGGAAAACAGCCUUUACACAACCAGCGCUUUAUGUAGUGAAUGCGUUUACUUAUUAUGCAAGUCAGCCAAGGAUCAAGCCUGAUUAUUUUAUUGGCCAUAGCCUGGGUGAGUACAAUGCUUUACUGGCCGCAGAGGCAUUUAGUUUUGAAACGGGGUUGAGGUUGGUUCAAAAAAGAGGCGCAUUGAUGGCUGCUGCAUCAGGUGGUGGAAUGGCUGCGGUAUUGGGCCAUAAAGUAGAAGCUGUACAGCAAAUGUUAGACGAGGGCGGUUAUAACGAUAUUGAUAUUGCCAAUAUCAAUACGCCCACUCAGAUUGUGAUUGCUGGCCCGCAAGAUGCGAUCAACAGAAUUGUCCAGGAAUUUGAAGGCAGGAAGAUUAAGAUCUUUCCACUUUUUGUAAGUGCUCCUUUCCAUUCCAGGUAUAUGAAACCGGCGGCAGUCGAGUUUGAAGAGUUUUUAAAGGGUUUUAGUUUUUCUGCGCUACAGACUCCCGUGAUUGCCAAUGUUACGGCAAAAGCUUAUCAGGAUAACCAGGUAACUGAUUUACUGGCUAAACAGAUUGAAAGUUCUGUGCAGUGGACAGAUACGAUCCGUACGCUGAUGGGAAAAGGUGUGAAGGAGUAUGAAGAGACUGGCAGCGUUAUUCUGACUAAAAUGGUCAAUGAAAUUAAGGAGAAUUGUACGCCGAUACUGGAGGAAAAGAGGGUUGUAGUGGAAAGAGAAGUUAUGGUGGAAAAGGAAGUUAUAGAGGAAAAGGUGGUUGCCGAAGAAAAAGGAGCAGUCGGAGAAAACUCCCAUGCCAACGGUUCGUCUGUCAGAGUCAAUGGCAGGCAGAUCGGCAAAACCUGCUUAUCCACCCGCCUGGGCAGUCAGGCGUUCCGUAAAGAUUAUGGACUGAAAUACGCUUAUGUUGCGGGGGCAAUGUAUAGAGGGAUUGCUUCCCGUCAGCUUGUCGUUAAGUUGGCAAAAGCAGGGAUGCUUGGUUUUCUGGGAACCGGGGGAAUGUCAUUAGCCGAAAUGGAACAGAACAUUAUACAGAUUCAGCAAGAGUUAACUCAUGGGGAAGCUUAUGGUGUUAAUUUUUUGCAUAACCUGAAUGAUCCGGCAUUUGAAAUGAAGGUUGCUGAACUUUUCCUCCGUUACGGCGUGACCAAUAUUGAGGCCUCUGCUUAUAUGCAAAUGAUGCCGGCAUUGGUUUAUUACAGGUUGAAAGGUUUAGCAAAAGGGGCUGAUGGCGCAGUGAUCUGCAAACAUAAAAUCAUAGCUAAAGUAUCCAGACCAGAAGUAGCGGAGGUUUUUAUGCGGCCCGCACCAGAAAAGAUGGUGAAACGUUUGUUAGAAGAUGGGUUGAUUAGUGUUGAGCAGGCUGAACUUUCCAGUUUAGUGCCCAUGAGUUAUGAUAUUUGUGUGGAAGCAGAUUCUGGCGGGCAUACAGACCGUGGAAUUGCUAUGGUCUUAUUGCCUUCCAUUCAACGUUUGAGAACAGAUAUCACAGCCGGGUACGCUUAUGGCCAAACUAUCCGUAUCGGGCUGGCUGGUGGUAUUGGUACGCCGCAAGCUGCAACCUGCGCUUAUGUAAUGGGAGCAGAUUUCAUACUUACAGGGUCUAUUAAUCAAUGUACUGUAGAAGCAGGAACCAGUGAUGCUGUAAAAGAUCUUUUGCAGGACAUUAAUGUUCAGGAUACGGAUUAUGCUCCAGCGGGUGAUAUGUUUGAGAUUGGAGCAAAAGUACAAGUGUUGCGCAAAGGCGUAUUGUUUGCAGCCAGAGCUAAUAAACUUUAUGCUUUAUAUAACCAGUAUAAUGGAUUGGAUGACAUUCCUGAAAAGACCCUGAUUCAGCUGGAGAAGACUUAUUUUGGUAAAACAAUAGCUGAAAUAUGGGACGAGGUGAGGGUUUACUGUAAGGCAAUAGGUGCAGAAGCUGAAAUUGUUAAGGCGGAACAGAAUCCCAAAAAUAAAAUGGCUUUGGUAUUCCGCUGGUAUUUUGGCUAUACGAAUAAACUUGCAUUUGAAGGAAACAUAGAAAAUAAAACUAAUUUCCAAAUACAUACCGGUUCUGCACUGGGUGCAUUUAAUCAAUGGGUAAAAGGUACCCAGCAGGAAAGCUGGAAAAAGCGUCAUGUAGAUGAAAUAGGGAUUAGUAUUAUGGUUGGCGCUGCGAAAUUAUUAGAGGAUGCUGCUUUAAUGGUGAACAACUAAAUGAUUGAACGUGGUUUAAAGCCUGUAGUAUUAUUGUUUUCCGGACAGGGAAGUCAUUACAGGGGCAUGGGCAGGGCGUUGUUUGAACAGCACCCGAAAUUCAAAAGCAGUCUGGAAAAGAUGGAUGAAGUAGUACAACAGCAAUUAAACCGCUCACUGAUUGAUGAACUUUAUAUAAAAAAUGAAGAGCCUUUUGAAGAGCUGCUGAUUACGCACCCGGCAAUUGUUGCUGUUGAAAUUGCUUUAUAUGAGGUGAUUAUAGCUAUGGGGAUCAAACCGGAUUUUGUCUGGUAA